AGUUUAUUACAACAAAAUAUACUCGUAUUGGAUUUUUCUAUAUUUUUUUUUUUGUUUUUAUCAAAAAGUCUCCAAAAGAAGCAAAAGAAAAACAAAAUUAAAAAGAAAAAUCAUGAAAAAAAAAACAUUUCUAACUUCAAGCAAAUCUCCGCGCUUGCAACAAUUUGACGUUUUCUUUUUCGUAGCAAGAAAAUUUUUUUAUUUAAUUAUAAUUUUUCAUUUAUAAAAAUGUAUUUAAUAAUAUUAAAAAUAUAUAAAACUUGAAAAUAAAAAUUUCUUUAAUAAAAUUUCUACAAUAUUCACUUAAAAUCUAUUAAAAAUUUAUAAAAUUAUCGGUAUUAAAAUCAAAAAAAAAAAAAAAGAUAGAAAAAAGUGUAGAAGGCAAAAAAAAAGUCUAAAAAUCUUUUUUUAUAAAAAAAAAGCAAGAAAUUCAUGCAGAACACGAGACGGGGCGGCUAAAUUGAUUUUAAUUCAACUCAAAAAAAAAAAACAAAAAAAUACAAUAGAAAAAUUAAUUUUUUUUCUUGUUAUAAAAAGUUCAAAAAAUAAAAAAACGAACAGAAAGAUAAAAUCUUUUUUUUUGAGUGUUUAAACGGGGGUGUUUAUUAGAGUUACAAAAUAAAAAAAAAAAAAAAAAAACAAAAUGAAAAAGAAAUUAUGCAAAAAAAAAAAUUCAUAUUGAAUAUUUUAUAAGUACACAUUAAUUAUAAAUGACACAUAAAAUCUAAUAAGAUUUCAAAGAACUCACAAAUAAGAAAAAAAAACUGAUAAAAAUAAGAAAAAAAAACAACAAAAGUAACAAAAAAUUCUUGUAAUCAAAAAAUGAAAAUGAAUAUUUUUCGUGGUUGUGUGUGUUUUUUAAAUAUCAAAUAAUAAAUUUGUAAAAAUGUAUAAUUUUAUAAACGCAACCAUAUAUACGGCCGUCUUUUGAUUGUAAAUUGAAACCACCCUGUCAAAUAAGGCAAACUUUGCAACCACAGGCAAAAAAAAAAACUCAGAAUUUUUCAUGUUUUCUAAUUACUACUAAAUUCAUCUUUUAAUUUUAAUUCUAAAUAAUCACCCCCCUUUUGAAGAAAAAAUAUAAGAUAUAGAAAAUUUUCAAAUUAAAAUUUGUAAAGGAAAAAAAUCAAAUAAGAUUUCUAAAAUCAACAUUUUAAGUUGGAAAAGUACACCAAUCUACCUACCUACAUGAACUUAUAUACAUAUAUUUAAAUUACCAUCAUAUAUAUGUACGUAUAUGUCAACCUACAUAAUAUUAUAUACAUAAAUGCCUAUAUGUACCUAUUCAAGUGAGACUAUGGUGUGUGCUAUUUGAAAAGAUUUUUUUUUUUUUUAAAUGAAAAUCAAUUUACUAAUAAAAAAAAUUUUGAAAUAAAAUGUUUGGAAUUUUUGAAAUUUUUUCAAUUUAAAAGAAAAUUUUUUUUUAAAAAAUAUUCAAAUUAAAAGAAAAAAAAAGUAGCCAAAAUCAAUAAUGUGAAUUGUAAUAUUAAAAUUAAAAAAAAAAAAACUCCUUUAAUAACAAUAAAAAAGGAAAAAAAAAUAUUUGUAAAAAUUUCUUUUUUUUUUUUUUUGCUUUGGUGUUUUAUUUUUUUUUAUAUUAUUCAUUUAUUUUUUUAUGUUUAAUAGUAGGUACCUACCUACAUACUAUCGUGGGGUGUUUUCAGAAAAAAAAUCUUUUCAUUGAAUACAUAACUACUCAACUAUAUGUAUGUGCUUACAUACAUAAUUUGUAAUAAGUAUUUUCUGUGGAUAUUAUCUAUAUACAUACAUACAUCACAAUAUAUAACCAAAUAUGCAUAAGAAACUACGAUAUAACAGGAUAAUAUACAUGAGUAUAUAGAAUAUAGAAAUACAAAUAAAAUAAAAGUAAAAUUUAUACUAAAAUUAAUUGUUUUUUAAAUAGUAUAAAUAAAACAAUAACAAAAAAUUAAUAAGAUUUGUGAAAAGAAAAAAAUUUAUAAUAAGUAUAUAAAAAAAAAGAAAAAAUGUGGAACAUGAUGUGCGAUGUAAUGCCAACAAUAUCUGAGGAUAGUAUAUCCCAGAGAUCAUCACAAUUUAGUGGUGAAGAUGCUAAUUUUGAGCAAUUAAUGGUUUCAAUGUUAGAUGAACGUGAUAAAUUAAUGGAUAGCUUAAGGGAGGCACAAGAACGUCUCUCUGAAUCUGAAAUGAAAUUACAAGAAGCUGAAAAAGAACGUGAUAGUUUACAUAGGCAAAUAAAUGCUAAUUUACCACAGGUAAGUGUUAUUCAUCUAAAAUUCGAAGACAUCGCAAAAUAUAUUUUACUGAAUAAACAUGAAUCAAGGUAUAUAUAUACAUAUAUGUAUUAUAAUAUAAAUGUGCUGUUGAAAUGAAUUGAUAUACCAAGCCAAUAUUCUUGUGUCUAUUGAAUAUGAUUUAAUUGUUUAUGCAACUGAAAUAAUGUUUGACGUACAUAGCUACCUCUCGAAUUAUUCAAAAGUGUUGUAACUUUAAUUUCAUUAAGUGCAUAAUCCGAAAAAAUAUUUUAAUUUUUUUUUUGCAUUAUUGAAAUUGAAUUAAUGUUAUACGUAGAAGUAGCUGGUCAGAAUAAAUAAACAUUAAAACAUCGGGCAUUAGGUGCUCUUUAAGUUAACCCGUAUGAAAUACCUAUGCUUUAAACAAAUAAAUAAAAAAUAUAUAAUUUCUAUAGUUAUUUAACCAAUUCACUUUGAAAUAAAAACAUUUAGAAAUAUGGUUUUUUAUGAUUUAGUUAUGUUGAGUUAUAAAAAAGUAAAAAGAUUUAUAAAAAUAUUUUUGUAUAUUAGUGUACAAAUAGUAUUUAAAAUGGACGCGUGACAUAUGGAAUAAUUCGCGCUUUUACACUGUGUAACUUGUAUUGAAGUCUACGUUCAAUUUGUAAGCCUCUUUAACACAGAAAUAAAUUCUUUCUCUCUUCAUUUAAAUUUAUAGUUAUAAGAGAAUGUAAAGUUCAACGCAAUCAACAGUUUAAAACGACCAAAUCACAUAAAAAAUAAGCCAUUUCAUUUACUGGAUACAAUUUUUGUGACACUAUGAAAGAAAAAAAUUUCUUUUUAUAAAUAAUGUGCAGAAUAAAAUUCUUUAUUAAAAAUUUUAUUGAAUUUUAUAUUUCUUUUAUUAUUAUUGCAUUUAACUUUAGAAGUCUAUAACUUUGCAAAUAAUAAUAUCCCCUAUGCUUAUGGUAUUGUCUUAAUUUGCAUAAUAGACCAAUUGUAACAAAAUGUAUAUGUACAUACUUACAUACACGCGGCUGUACAUAAUAUGUGGUUAACAUAUAUAUACGAGUAUAUAUACCAAAUAAAUUUUCUUCAACUGUUAGUGUCUUUUAUUUUUUGUAAUUUCAUCAAUUAAAAUAAAAUUAACAAGAAUGAGGGGAAAGUUAAUAUAUAAUUUGUGCAUAUACAUACAUACAUAUAUUAUAUUUGUUAAUGUAUAUUGUGGGCAUUUUGUCUUGCAUACAAAGUUAAAAAAUGUUUACCAACACUGAGAUGACAAUAUACAAAUGAAACAAUAAUAAUUUAACAUGUUGCUUGCUGGUG